AAUUGGCCUAUCUUAACAAUUGAAAACAGAUCAAUUUACCAUUAUUCUUCGAGGAAUAAAGAUGGGGAAUUCGUAAAAUCAUUUGUGCACGGUAAGAGUUCUUCAAUAUUUCCUGAACAUAGAUUCAUUAGAAUAAGUCCUGACAAUGUCCCAUCAAAAAACCAAUUUCCGAAGAAUCGCAUCGUGUCCCAUAAAUAUACCGUGUGGAAUUUCAUCCCUAAAAAUUUAUUUGAACAAUUUCGACGUAUAGCAAAUUUAUAUUUCCUUAUUAACACACUAAUAGCAAUACUGAUAGAUUCUCCAAUUUCACCAUUUACAAGCUCACUACCUUUAACGUUCGUUAUAUUGGUGACUGCUUGCAAACAAGGAUACGAAGAUUAUCUGCGAUAUAAAGUAGAUAAACGUAUUAAUACAAGAUUGGUAACCGUUAUUCGCAACAAAUGUGCACAGGAUAUUCACUGCGAGCAAAUAGUUGUUGGAGAUAUAGUAAAAGUAGGACGAGACGAAGAUAUUCCAUGUGAUCUUCUUCUUUUACACAGCGACGAAAGUUCCGGUUAUUGUUUUGUUACAACGUCCAACCUCGAUGGAGAAACCAAUUUAAAGACGUUAAGCGUACCGAAAAUUGUUUCGACGAUGUCUCUUCAAGAGAUCGUAUCGAUGCAAGCAAUUGUGACAUGUCAAACACCUAUGGCAGAUCUUUAUACUUUUCAUGGAAAAAUAGAAAUAGAAAAUGAUAUGGAUGAAGUGACAAGUGGAUUUUUAACAAUAGAUAAUAUGUUGCUUCGUGGCGCAAUAUUAAAAGACACUGAUAACAUAAUCGGCUGUGUGAUUUACACUGGUCAAGACACUAAGCUAUCUUUAAAUUCAAAAACGGUUCCUAAUAAAUUUUCAACCGCAGAAAAAUCUAUCAAUAAGUAUCUUACUGUAUUUAUCAUACUCCUGCUGCUUGAAAUAAUUAUUUCUACGCUUUUGAAAUUCAUAAUAGAAUCUAAUUCAACAUGGGAUUUCUAUUUGGGAGAGAAAAGUUCUAUAACCCCGUUGUCUAUUAUUAUAGACUUUUUCAGUUUUGCUAUAUUGUAUAAUUAUAUCGUUCCGAUAUCGUUAUACGUCACAAUCGAAUUACAGAAAUUUCUGGGAUCCUUUUUCUUCGAGUGGGACAUCGAUUUGUACGACAAAUCAUCCGAUCAACCAGCAUUGAGCAACACAUCGGACUUAAACGAGGAACUUGGUCAGGUUGAGUAUUUAUUUACUGAUAAAACUGGUACACUGACUGAAAAUUUGAUGGUAUUCAGAAGAUGUUCUAUCAAUGGAAAAGUAUAUUUAGAAAAAGAUUGUGAUGGAAGUCUUUACUUGUUACCACCUAACGGAGACGAACAGAGGGCUGUAAAAUUACAAUCGUGGCAGCCAGAAAUCUGGCACUUCAUGAUAAGUAUUUCUCUUUGCCACGUUGUUCAAAUUGCACCACCAAGUCAAAAAUCAAUUAUUAGCUCUAAACGUUUAGAGUAUCGUAGAAGUUUUAGAUUAAAGGAAACUACGAAGAUUAAUAGUUCAUUACUAAUGCAUCCAGAUCUUCCAGAAUAUCAAGCAACAUCGACGGAUGAAAAAGCUUUAGUAGAAGCAAGCGCGAGAUGCGGUAUUGUAUUUUACAAAGACACGAGCAAUGUAAUGGAGAUUAAAAUAAACGACAGUAUUCUUAGUUUUAAAAAAAUAGAUUUAUUAGAAUUCAGUUCUGAUCGGAAAAGAAUGUCAGUAAUACUCAAGGAUACCGCAGAUGACUUGUGGUUGUAUUGUAAAGGUGCAGACACAUCGAUUUUACCUUUGAUUAUACAAGGAGACAUCGAAACAGCAGCUGCUCACGUAGAAGAGUUUUCUAUGAGAGGAUUGCGUACUUUGGUAGUGGCUUAUAAGAAAUUAAGCCAAAGAGAUUAUGAACGGUUGAUACGUAAUAUUGAACUUUCAAGACAAGUAAUUGGACAAGAUCGAGAAACGCGCAUCCAACGUGCCUAUGAAGAGAUGGAAAGUGGUCUAACUUUACUUGGAGUAACUGCAGUUGAAGAUCGUCUUCAAGAAGACGUUGAAGAAACGCUCGAGUGUCUCAGAGUGGCGGGAAUAAAGGUUUGGGUACUCACCGGUGACAAAGCAGAAACUGCUGAAAAUAUAGCUUUUUUGUGCGGUCAUUUUAAAAAAGGUACUGAAGUAUUACGUUUAAUGACUCAAACAACGGAUCAUACUUGCUUUAUUACUUUAACUAAUUUCGAACGUAAAAUGAAAUUGGAACCUUAUAGACAAUAUGGAUUUUUAAUCAAUGGAACUUGCCUAAGAACAGCUAUUCAAACGUGUCCAGAGUUGUUUAAAAAAGUAACAAUGGCAUGUGAGUCAGUUGUAUGUUGUAGAUUAACACCUCUCCAGAAAAGUGAGAUCGUUCAAAUGAUAAAAAGUACAAAGGAAAUAAUAACCGCAGCGAUAGGCGACGGGGGAAACGACGUGUCCAUGAUUCAAGAAGCUCAUGUUGGCCUAGGAAUAAUGGGUAGAGAAGGACGUCAAGCAACUAUGUCAUCGGAUUUUGCAUUUGCACGAUUUAAACAUUUAAAAAAAGUAUUUCUCGUACAUGGACAUUGGUAUUAUCGACGUAUCAGUAUGUUAACACAAUAUUUUUUCUAUAAAAAUUUCGUCUUCAUUACUCCACAAUUAUUAUUUGGUAUACACAAUGGAUUUUCUAGUCAGGGAUUAUAUGAUAGUAUGUUCUUGAUGUUAUUCAAUGUAAUAUUUACAUCAGUUCCAAUAGUUAUAUUUGGAUUAUAUGAGCAAGAUUACGCUGCUAAUAAACUUUUAUCCAAUCCGUAUUUAUACAAGCUUCAUAAAAAAAAUUUUCUAUUAUCCUGGAAACAAUUUUUCUUGUGGUCGGCUAUAGGUAUAUGGCAAGUUUGUAUAAUAUAUUUUGUAUUAUAUUUUUAUAUAUGUAAGAAUCCUAUAAUCUUAUACAACAAUACACCGGUGGAACACUGGAGUUAUAGUACAUGGAUAUUCCAUAUGGCUAUACUUGUUAUUAAUUGUCAGUUAUUAGUAUGCAGUUCAUAUUGGACGGUACAAUUAGUAGUUAGUGUAAUAUUAUCAGAAUUAUGCUUUUUUAUAUUUGCAUUUGUAUAUUCUAUUGCAAAAUUUCGAUACGAUGGCGAUAUGUUUUCUGUCUUUCCUAAAUUGUUAAUGUCGACUACAUUCUGGUUACUUACUUUGGUGGUACUUGUUAUUUCAUUAAUUCCUGGAUGUUUAAUUAAAAUUUAUGAAUCGCAUAGACCAGAUAAAGUUCUUCGUAAAAAUGAAGAAACACCGGAUACAAUUAAUUUCGCUGAUAGUAAUAAUGAAAUAACUUUAUCUUCGCAAUUCCAGGAACAAAACAGUAGCAAUAUUUUGCCAUGGAGGGGUCAUUUUGAUUUCAAUAAGAAUCUAUAAACUGUUCUUACACAAUUAGAUGCAAAAUUAAACGUCUAGUGCUUUCUCUUUAUUAUGGUAAAAUAUUUAGUAAUAUAUUAUCUAUUUUUAAAUUUCUUUAUAAAUUUACAAAAAAUAUUAUUGCAGAAAUAUAUGAAAUUAUUAAAAAUAAAAAUAAUAUUUCAAAAAUUAGAAAUAAUUAUAAAUAUUUCAUAAAUAUUUUCACACAGAGCAAUGUUACCUUUCUCGAUCUUCGUUAAGUGGUUUUAUUACGUGAACGAACAUUUAAAAAUACAUUUGUUAUAUAAGCAAAUAUAAUUAUUUUGAAGAAUCCAACAUGUUUGAGAUAAUCUAUUGAUUAAUGUUAAAGCCGUCAAAGUAUCUU